AUGAUGACAGAUGAGGUCGCAGACGCCUCUUCUCUCCCCUCGUCCCCCGUCAACUCCCACUUCACGACUCGACCUCGACGGAAGACCGAGUCCGCCGUCGAUCAGACCAUCCAUGCUCCCCCUCGAGCCCGUUCGCAUCUACCUCCCACGGUGCGAUUUUCCACCAGGACGACCACGACCGAGUUCCACCCGGAUCGCAGUCCCUCGUUGACCGAAUUUCCCGGGCGAUCGGCUUCGGCGAGAGGACAGGAGGAGGGAACGGAGAAGGAGACGACGACGAAGAAGAGGACGAUGAUAAGGAUGGGGGACGAUCCCCGUGACACGGGCAGGGCAGCCGCGCUAAGGUCGUCGUCGUCCCGUCCAGCUUCAUUCGCUUCCUCCUCCCAGCAAGCUUCCUUACCAUCUCCCUCUUCCUCGCCUGUCCUUCCAUCGCCUCAUCGAUUACCGCAGAGUCGCUUCAGCUUCGAAUUUCAUUACCCCCUCCGCAAGAGAGCCUUAACCGCCUCGCACCACGCAUCUCACGGUCUUCCCGUGGCUGACGAGCCCCCGUCGCGCUUUGUCGCCCCCGAUUCCUCUCCUCUGUUGUACGACCGACCCCGACGUUCCGCGCCCAGUUUGCAUUCGUCCUACCUUCGCUCUCCCACAGCCGCCGCUUCGUCGUCGCAAUCCCAAUCCCCCCAUCAAGAUUCUGCCCCAGAACAGCACGGUGAACCGGUGUCGCCCCUUCAUGCGCGCUCCACCGUCCGAGGCUUGAGUCCCAAUGCGACAAAACGUCGGAACGAGUCGUUGUAUGCUCAACAGACGUUUCCGAAUGUGAAGAGGAGAAUGCCGUCAUCCACUGUCACCUACGCCCAAGCGAGAACGCUGGCCGAUGAUCGCGACCACGCCGUGAAUGGAAUCAGCAAACAUGGUCAAGACGACGGUAGCCGGACUCCGGUUGCCGAUGAUUCGCGAUCAAAGAACGAGGAUAUCUUUUUGAACAUCGCGAGGUCCGAUUCGACGCGUCGGGAGUCUUUCGGUCGGUCGGAUCUGAGACGAUCGCGAUUUCGAAUGUCUGGGAGUGGUCUUCGAUCCCCAGCUUCGCGUGUGAACAGCGAACAAACCGCUUCUCCCGAUCAACUUCGAUUAAAUACCUACGACAACCCCUUGCAUUCCAAUAAUGGCUCUCCUUCCACCCCCUACAGCUCUCUAUCCUAUUCAUACGCAGCUUCCGCUCAUCCACUCGACGACCACUCCCGGUCGCACCAUUCAGGCUACGUCUCCAGCUCCAGGUCGACAAUCGGUUUGCCUCGCAGCCGUUUCAGUCGCGUCAGCCCUGAUGCUUCCCCUCGCGCCUCCGAAACCAACGCCGAAAGAAGAGCAUCGUUACAGGAUCCUCGGGCGUAUCGUCACUCCACGCUUUCCACCAUUCGGGGCAGCCGACACACAUCAACUUCUGAGGCAACAGAACGCGCACAGCAAGAGCAUGAUCGCACUCGACAUGAUGGAACAGAAUCUACUCUAUCAACGACCGCACCUUCCACGGUAUGGGAUGAACUGGAAGAUCUCAAGUCACGCAUUCGAAAAUUGGAAUUGACCGGAAAACUGCCGCCCUCCUCGCAAGAGGCAAUCUCUUCUGCCUCCAAUGAUCGGCCAAGGACAGCAACAACGACAGUCACAACGGUGUCAUCGUCUCCUCGUCAUGGUCGAAAAACAAGCGGUCCGUCCAACGAAUCGGACACCAUAACCAUACACAGUCAGAUUCAUCCCCUGUUGCAGUCCGCCAUGGCCAAAGCCAAGAGCGUCCUGAGCAAGGAGGUUUAUGCAGCCCUUGAGGUCACCGUGACGGACGCUCUGGCGUUGUCAGCCCUGCUCAAUUCUGGGAAAACGCCUUCGGGCAGUGUUUCCGUCUUGAAUGGGUACAGUUCAUCCGAAAGGCAGUCUAGGCGAAAGGCGGACAGUGUUUGUCGGAGUUUGACUGAGCUUUGCCUCGCGUUGUCCGACGAACAGCUUCGCAGGCAACAAGCUUCAGGCGCUGAAGGCUCCCACGGGGUACACCAUUGCAAUAACGCCGAUGAAGGGACGGCAACUCCGACGCUUUCCUUUUCGCGGAGUACGAGCCAGGAGCCCGAAGGCCUCUCCCGACGAAAGAGCACUACGCAUGCCCCAAGCCGCCUCGAGUCGCGUCGAACAAGUCUGGCAACAAUCGGCGCUGUCCCAACCGAGAACGUUCAGAAUGAGAAGAAGAUCAGUGAGUCCAGCUACGGUGCAAAGCCAACGCCAUCACCUGGCUCAUCGGCGCCUGCAAGCCGUUUGAGUCGUCUCUCAACCUCCCUUCGAACGAGGAGGCUGCAGCAGGAGGAUGACAAUUCGGAGCAGCGGUCCUCCCAUAUCCGAUCGCUAUCGCGAAGUAUGACGGAUAUAGGCAGCCCUGCUUAUACUCAGCGAGUCUCUCCACGUCAGCGACACUCCCAGCUGUACUCGCCAUCAGUGCACGAUUCUCCACAAGACCAGAGCCCCCGAUUCUCAGUCCCAUCGGGGCAAACCCAAUUACCUCAACCUCGCACUCCGACAACCUCGCAGUCUGGUCUUCCGCUUCGUCGAAGCCUCGCAACUCCCAGCUAUACACCAGCGACUUCCCGCUCCAACAUUCAGGCCGGAUCUCGUCGAUACGGUCUAUCCCCUGCCGUUUCGGUUGUUGGCGGUGAUGGAGCGAGCGAUGUGCCCCUUUCACCGGCGCAAGGACCCUCGCAAACGCGUAUCACUGCCUCCAGCAAGCUAGCCACGAGCUACACGCCCAUCGCCCAAAAUCGACUGAGGACCAAUAGCCUCGGCGCACGCCGAUUCGGCCUCAGGCAGCGACAGCUGUCCGCGGCGGACAACGCUGCAAAUUCCUUCGAUGAUAGCAUAGAUUGA